AUGCCCAAAUACGUCCUCACAGGCUGCGACGGCAACCUCGGCAGCAUAGCCGCCAGCUACGCCCUGACGCUCGCCGGCCCGGACGACGAGCUCAUCUUCACCAGCCACAAGCCCGACUCCAUCGACCGCGCCCUCGUCCGCGACUGGACAUCCAAAGGCGCGCAGCUCGUCCAGCUCGACUACGGCGACCCGGAAGCCAGCCUCGCCCGCGUCUUCGCCGGCGCCGCCGCCGUCUCCUUCAUCUCGACCUGGCUGAUCGGCGAGGGGCGGCGCGCACAGCACGCCAACGUCAUCGCCGCGGCCAAGGCCGCAGGCGUGCAGCGCAUCUGCUACACCAGCUUCGUCGGCGCAGACCUGCGCGAGACGGUGGAUAAGGAAGAAGACAUGCCGUUCCUGCCGCGCGACCACGCCUUCACCGAGGCGCUGAUCCGGCAGAGUGGCUUGCAGUACAACAUCCAGCGCAAUUAUCUUUAUAUGGAUAACGUGCCGCAGUUCUUCGCGCAGAGCUUUGCGUUUUGCGGCGACCGCUGGCUGUGUAAUAGUGCCGGCGCGAAGGGCGCGUUCGUGGCGCGCGAGGAUUGCGGGAGGGUGUUGGGCGCGUUGCUGAUGGGGAGGGGUGAGCCGAAUCAGGUGUAUGCUGUCACGGGGCCGGAGCCGGUUACGUACCGAGAGGUGUUUGAGUGGAUGGCGGCGCAGACGGGGUACGCGGGCGAGUUUGUGGAGAUGGAGGACGGGGAGCUGGAGCGGUGGUGGAGGGAGCGCGGGUUGCCGUAUGAUGUGUACGGGGACUUCUCGAAGCUGCCGUGCAAGCUUUGCAUGUAUGACCUCCUUUGCUGCGGGCAGAUGGUGGCGUGGGGGCAUAUGAAGGAAACUACGGAUGCUGUGGAGAAGUUGACGGGUCGGAAGCCGCUUUCGUUUAGAGAGGCCCUGUUGAAGUACAAGGACAUCUUUCCCAAGCCUCAGUAG